AUGACUACAGGAUCAUCGGUCUACUCUACCUCAAUUCACCAUUUCGAACUUUAUACAGAAGGUUUUUCCGUACCAGCUUCUUCUACCUAUACCGCAGUUGAAGCACCUAAAGGAGAAUUUGGUGUCUUUCUGGUCAGUAAUGGAAGCAAUCGUCCCUACCGUCGUAAAAUAAGAGCACCUGGCUCUGCCCAUUCACAAGGACUCGAUUCUAUGUCCAAACAUCACAUGCCAGCAGAUGUGGUUAGCGUACGCCCGGGCGUACGCUAG